CAUUCGAUCUCUCAGCUGUGACAGUUCAGAUUGUUCUUCGUCAGAAUGAUAACUCUGGUGUUUGGGUCCUCACUGCCCUCACCAACACCACCAGAGGCAGCUGUUGUGUCGACGCCAGCUACGAAGAAAUGUGGGAGCUUAACGGGUCCCCGGUUUGUCCCCAAUCGGAGUGGUUCUGGUUCCGGUAACGGGUUCCCGCCCUUUCUUCCCAAAGAGGUCGAGAAGAUCAAAGAUCCUUUUGCCAGAAACUUGGCUCAGAGAAUGGAGAGAGUCCCAGUUCAGAUGGGGAUAUAUGGAAGUUCUAUUAUGAGUAGUUGUGUGAGACCUCUAAUACAAACCAAGAUCAAUCCAGUGGUUCUUCUGCAUUGCUUUGACAGUUCUUGUUUAGAAUGGAGAUGCACAUAUCCCCUGCUUGAAGAGGCUGGGGUGGAGGCUUGGGCAAUUGAUGUGCUUGGUUGGGGCUUCUCUGAUUUAGAAAGGCUGCCACCAUGCAAUCCGGAAUCAAAGCGUCAUCACCUCUACCAGUUUUGGAAGUCCUAUAUCAGAAGGCCGAUGAUAUUAGUUGGACCAAGUCUGGGUGCAUCUGUUGCAAUUGACUUUGCAGUCAGUUAUCCAUUUGCUGUUGAAAAAUUGGUUUUGAUUAAUGCAAGUGUGUAUGCAGAAGGCACCGGGUUUGCUAAAUUACCUAGAGCAUUGGCCUAUGCUGGGGUUUCCUUGCUGCGGAGCAUCCCUCUACGGCUUUACGCCAAUACACUGGCCUUCAAUGACAUUUCAUUAGCCACAACCUUUGAUUGGACUAAUGUUGGCCGCUUACACUGUUUGUUACCUUGGUGGAAAGAUGCAACAGUAAGUUUCAUGGGCAGUGGUGGCUAUAAUGUUAUCGCGCAAAUAAAACAGGUGAAACAGAAAGCACUUGUUAUCUGCAGUGAGAAAGAUCGGAUUAUCAGCUACAAGCAAAUACUUAGACUACAAUGUGAACUACCCUUUGCGAUUAUGCGGCUUAUACCAGAGGGUGGUCACCUUCCUCAUGUUGACAGUCCCGCCUCUGUUGCAAAGCUAAUUGCAGGGUUUGCUUGCAAUGACAGAUGCUGAAGGGAACUGCUGCAGAAUUUCUUGGUACAUCUUCCUUCCUUAUAGUGGAGGCUAUUGGUUCAUUAUAGUAGUGCUGUUUGUGCAUUGUAAAUUGGUUUAUAUCUGUAGUAAGUUUGAAGAUAAGUAGAUGCUUAUAAUGUUGAAAAAGAAACCUGAAUAAGCAAUGAAACAGUGAGCAAUAAUGUAACAAGUAGUAAAUAUAGCUUAACAAAUAGGACGACAAUGAUAAUGUACCAAUGGUAUUGGGGAUAUUUGUCUGGUCUUGGGAAAGUUCCUAUUUAUUAUAUGGUUCAUCACUUCAUCAGUAUGCAUUGC